AUGAGUGACCUCGCAGCAAUGGAGUCCGAAACUCCCAACAUCCCAGCUCCAAGAGAAGUUCAACUACCCGCAGACGUCCCAGAUCUCAGCCAGAUCCUCUCUGCAAACGACUUUGCCCUCGCCGCGCAAAAGGCGCUGACUCCAAAGGCAUGGGCCUUUUACUCAUCUGCCGCCACCGAUCUCGUGACGGUGAAUAAGAACCGUGAACUCAUUCGAAGAGUCAUGCUCCGUCCGAGAAUCCUCAGAAAUGUCACAGAAGUCAGGAUAGAUCGCAAGAUUCUGGGAUUGGAUAGCAAGGCCCCGUUUAUUAUGUGUCCGGCUGCUAUGGCUACGCUGGCGCAUCCUGAUGGUGAGCUUGGAUGGAGUAGGGCCGCUGCUAAUGAAGGCAUUUUUGAGAUUAUCUCAAGUAACGCCUCCUACUCCCUCCCCAGUAUCAUCGGCGCCGCUCCCGCAGGCCAUCCCUUCUUCCUACAGCUCUACGUCAACUCACACCGGCCCAAAACCGUCGAACUACUCCGGCGCGCUCGUUCCCUCGGCAUAAAAGCAAUCUUCGUCACCGUCGACGCCCCCGUCCCCGGAAAGCGCGAGGCCGACGAGCGAGCACCACAAGCCGUCGUUAUCAAGUCUGCGAUGAGCGGUAGCGAGAGCAGCAAGGACGGCAAGGGCAGUGGACUGGGCCGGUUGAUGGGGCAGUAUAUUGACAAGAGCCUUGCCUGGGAAGAUCUGGAGUGGAUUCGGAAGGAGAGCUCUGUGCCGAUUGUGCUCAAGGGUGUGCAGACGGUGGAGGAUGUUAAGCUGGCGGUUGAGUAUGGCGUUGAUGGUGUUAUGCUCAGUAACCACGGAGGACGAUCACUUGAUGGUGCGCAGGCUUCUAUCCUCAUCCUUCUCGAGGUCCGAAAGCGCUUCCCCGAAGCCUUCCGACAUCUCGAGGUCUAUAUCGACAGCGGUUUCGAGCGUGGAUCUGAUAUCCUCAAGGCAAUUGCCCUUGGUGCUACAGCCGUUGGAAUUGCACGACCGUUUUUGUACUCGUUGGUAUACGGCCAAAAGGGCGUUGAGCACCUCUCUCAGAUUCUAAAAGAUGAGCUCGAGACCUCUAUGAGACUCGCUGGUAUUACGAGUCUAGAUCAAGCAACGCCUGACCUUGUCAACACGCUGGACGUGGAUCAUUUGGUCACUUCUGGACGGAUUGAACCGACUUCGGUGUCGAGAAGAGUGAGGUCCUCAAAGUUGUAA